CCCUGCCCCGCCCCUCUCCCGCCCACCCAACAUCCAGGCGCCCGAUUGGCUGCGCUGGGUACUGUCGGGUGGGCGGCGGCGCCAUGGCGGAUCGGUUAACGCAGCUGCAGGACGCGGUAAACUCGCUCGCAGACCAGUUCUGUAAUGCUAUUGGAGUGUUGCAGCAGUGUGGCCCCCCAGCCUCUUUCAGCAACAUUCAGACAGCAAUAAACAAAGAUCAGCCUGCUAAUCCAACAGAAGAGUAUGCCCAACUGUUCGCAGCAUUGAUUGCACGAACUGCAAAAGAUAUUGAUGUUCUAAUAGAUUCCCUGCCUAGUGAAGAAUCGACAGCAGCUCUGCAGGCUGCUAGCCUGUAUCGAUUAGAAGAAGAAAAUCAUGAAGCAGCUGCCCGUCUGGAAGAGGUAGUUUUUCGUGGGGAUAUGCUGCUGGAAAAAAUACAGAGUGCCCUGGCAGACAUAGCCCAGUCACAGCUGAAGACAAGAAGUGGUACGCACAGCCAGCCCCUGCCAGACUCAUAGCCCCCGGGGGCAGCGUGUCCCUGCGUAGCUGCCCUGCUGGCAGUCGUGCUGAAACAACCCUCUAUCCACUGGGAGCUGUGACACCCAGCCCAGCUCUUGUGGGACUCUCCUGUGCUCUGAUCGUCGGUAACAAUGUCUUUUAUAAAAGCUCAAACUGCAGUGUUUGUGUGAGAAAGGCUUUUACUCUGGAAUUGGUGGAUCUGUUCUAGAAUUGCAUGAAUUUUUAUAUAUGCUGCUUUGACUUAAAGUAUUAAUCUCUGAGCUUUAUUUUCUGUUCAUAAAUAUGUCUGCCUUCA